AUGAGCUAUACCAUUAUUUUACAUACUCAUUUCACAGACUCAAAUCAUCGCAUUGUCGUCCAGUUCCGAAGCGACAAGCAAGACCUUUUCGGAGUCACCGAAGCUAGCCACAUUCAUGGACCUAUUGUACCUCUGGUAACAUACCAGGGCAUGUAUGAAGGGCUCUUUGUGUAUACAUCACCUUUUGUAGAAGGGACACCUUAUAUCAGUGUUUUGAUGACUUCCGAGGAUUUCCAACUACCUCUUCAGAAGAAGAUGACGACUGCCAUGGACCUUGCAGAUCUCGUCACUCGAGGAGCCAGAACGAACACUGCCCUAUCUGACACUGCUCUAUCCGACCUCGCUUCUACCCUUGAGAGAAUCCAACAUACGGUCAGUAAUUACAUUUUUCGACAUACAACCCUCAGAAACAAAAUUUUUGCUUGCAUCAGCAAGCUCUUACUACAGCUACCCAAUCUUACUACCCUCCCCGUCACCCUUACCCACCAGGAUCUCGCCCCAUUCAAUUGCCUUAUCGACGAUUCUACGGGUCGGGUGCAGGCUGUACUAGACUGGAAUGGUUCUCUUUACCUCCCAGCUGGGUCGAAUUUCCAUUUUAUGGAUAGCCUUUUCGGGUUUAUGACCCCAAGAGGUUGGCAAGACACAGAAGACCGUCAGGAACUAGAGACAGCGUUUUAUGAUCGGGUUCUGGCUAAUCUUGCUGCGCAGGGAUUUGAAGAAAUAAAAAAAGAGCAACUGGAGUCGCAAAAGGCGAUUGGAAUGUUAUUGUAUGGUGUGGAGCGACUUCUCAUGUUCAAAGACGAACGAGCUGAGCACUAUCUAGAUGGAUAUCUUCGAAGUUUAUCUUUCAUGAAUGGAUUCUUGUUGUCGUAUUAG